AAUUAAUAUAGAGCUAACUCCCUGAGUACAGACCCGUAUUGCAACACGGCCGAGAAUGAGGGAUCGGAGCGGUAGGACGUGUCCAGUGAGCGGCGACCGUCAGCUUUGACACCGCACUCGGCGAACGCCGGACCACUACCGCACCGAUGACACUGAACACGGAGAGGAACACUAAGGAGACCUUACGGAGAAGGGCCAGCACGCCAAUCCCCACGUCCCACCAGAGCGGGGCCAGGAGCAGAGAUCCGCCGGCCGAGCCCAACCACCCGGCGCUCGGCCAGUCCGCCUCCUAUCAUUCCGGCGACAGGGCUAUCCACUGCCGCAGCCAUUGGACCUCCGGCUCCGAGGGUUCGGACAGCUCCGGCGCGGACCUCCUCUACCGCGUCGUUUUGCUGGGCGAUCACGGAGUGGGAAAGUCCAGCCUGGCUAAUAUCUUCGCUGGCAUACAGGAUGCCAAUGAAUGUAUAGAAGAGGACACUUACGAGAGGACGCUGACUGUGGAUGGGGAAGAGGCCACACUUGUUGUGAUGGACACGUGGGAGACUGAAAAACAGGAGCAGGACGAGAAGUGGGUGCAGGACUACUGCAUGCAAGUAGGCAACGCCUACGUCAUCGUCUACUCCAUCACCGACCGCUCCAGCUUUGAGAGUGCCUCAGAGCUGCGCAUCCAGCUACGGCGCAUCCGGCAGGCCGACAAUAUUCCCAUCAUCCUCGUGGGCAACAAGAGUGACCUGGUCAGGUGUCGGGAGGUCGCCAUUGAGGAAGGGCGAGCGUGUGCCGUGGUGUUUGACUGCAAGUUCAUCGAGACGUCAGCCUCACUGCACCACAACGUGCAGGAGCUGUUUGAGGGCAUCGUUCGGCAGAUCCGGCUGCGGCGAGACAGCAAAGAGACCAACGAGCGACGGAGGUCUGUCUACCAGCGUAAGGAGAGCAUCACCAAGAAGGCUCGCCGAUUUCUGGACCGCCUUGUUGCCAGGAACAACAAAAAGAUGGCACUGAAAGUGCGCUCCAAGUCAUGCCACGACCUCUCUGUCCUCUAAUCAUGCAAGUAACACCCACAGGUUUCCUCCUGACCCUGCCACUGUUUGGAUCUCGGAGCCUGCUGUAAAUUAACAGCGUAUCCAAGUGACUGCUUCCUUAUCUGCAGUUAAAGAAACACUGAGAGUGGAGGCAACUCGUGUUUCUCUCGUCCCUCAGAUCUGUUUAACCAGUUAUCUAAACCUUUUGUAUAAGAUAGGAGGAUAUUUAUUUUAUUAUUUCAAAAUCGUAGGAAAAAGAAUUCAGUCCCAUUUCUGAAAGGUGUUUGGAAUUCGAGCUGAUUAAUCGAGUGGAGUCCAUUAGGCUGAAGAGACAUCAAACAUUUUUGAAUUGAUGCCCAGACGUUUUUGGGCUCUGUGAAGAACGUAAAGUAUUUGACUACAGAGUCCACAAAAUUGUUAGCAAAAGGGGCUCCUUAUCGACGUUUGCCUUGUCUAUUCACACCCCGUACCAGGUCAGAGUUUUAUUUUUCACUAAUCUUUCUGAAGAGAAUCCAGUUUCUGCAUUAACUUUUUGUGAAUAUACAUUUUUUCCGUGAUUAUUGUAUAUUCUAAGAUACUUUUGUAGUCUUUACUAGGAGAGCUUUGAGUCUCUGUAUUUUUUAUAGACUAGACUCCAGACUAAAAUUGUCAGUCAGAAGAUGUUCGUUUUGUUUGAGCACUGAACAAACAAUGCUUGCCUGCCCUUAGGCACAGCCAAGACGUUUCCAAAAUACUUUUUAAAAUAAAUACUUGUCUUUACCAAAGAAGGGGAUCCUGAAAAGAUUUGGUAUAGCCAUUUCAGUUCAUCCACACUGAUAUUCUGAUUCCGUCAAUGUGUGAUUUUGUAUUUUCCUACUUAAAAACUGAGGAAUUUCCUAGAUAAUUGAUUGAUCAGACCGCAUUGUCUCCAAGGCUCAUUCAAAACUGAUGAUUUGACGAGCUUAGAACAAUGGAUUGAGAGACGUGUGCAAUGGAGUUCUUGGCCAGCCACUGGAACAUUAGAAAGGCUCACUUCCCUGGACUGGGAAUCACUGCUGACUACCAAAACACUCACGACACCAACUUAUACUCAUCAACUUCAAUGAGAAAUCAUUUUAUUUAUCUGGAUAGAACAUUGCAUUAUUUUAUUUUACCUGGUAUGAGUCUCAAAUUAGUGUUUUUUUUUUUUUUUUCUCUUAUCAUUCCCUUCCAUUCCUCCUUUCAGUCAUUUGACAGCCGAGCGAUUUGUAGCUAUUAUGACUGAGUGAUUCAGCUUGGCCACAACAAAAAAAAAAGGAAAAAUGUAUUUUUGAAAGAUAUUUUAAGCUUAUGCCAUAUUUCAUUCCUUCUAAACAUGCAAAAUCCAAGCAAUAUUUUUUGUACAUAUUGAUUGUGGCUGUGGUUUUUGUAAAUACAUAAUGCCUAGAAUUUUUUAUAAUAAAGCUGUUAAGUGCAGUAUACACCAA